AUCCACCAAGCAGACGCCGGCGUACAGUCCCUCGCACGCAAUCUCUCGGUGCGCAAGUGUGGGGGACCGUGUGGUGCUUGAGUUCUAUAUGUAGAGAUUGGCACACUCUGGGCACAGUGAGUCUCAAAGGUUCUUCCACUCAGGUUACACAGUCCACCAGAAGCAGGUCUGAAGGAUGCAGGCAGCCCGUCUGAUUGCACGUCUGGUACCAUCAGCGCCUCCGACAGGAUCCUUGGCGGCGAGAUGGGGCGUCAGGAACCUGCAGACGACCUCCUGCAGAGCAAAAGCCCAACUUAUAGAUGGAAAGAAAAUUGCAAAUGAGAUCUAUGAAGAACUGUCCACACAAGUCCAAAAUAUGGUAACAGCAGGUAGAAGGGUUCCCCAUUUAGUGCUGGUGCGAGUGGGUGGAGACCCUGCUUCCGGUAGCUAUGUGAAGAACAAAAAAAAAGCUGCUGAUAAGAUAGGUAUACAGAGUACAAUUCAUCAUCUUCCUCAAGAUACUAGCCAGUCUACUUUGCUCAGUCUUGUUAAUCAACUAAACAUUGAUCCAGAUGUGGAUGGCAUUUUAGUGCAGCUCCCACUGCCAGAGCAUAUGGAAGAAAAAGUAGUGUGCAACUCCGUCAUACCAGAGAAGGAUGUGGACGGGUUUCACAUUGUCAACAUUGGAAGGUUUUGUCUUGAUAUGCACAGCAUGGCUCCAUGCACUCCUCUAGGAGUCAUGGAGCUUAUAAAACGUUAUGGAAUUGAAACCUUUGGCAAGAAUGCUGUAGUUUGUGGUCGAAGCAAGAAUGUGGGGAUGCCUUUGGCUAUGCUUCUCCAUGGGGAUGGUGUCCGGCCAGAUGGAGCCCAUGGUGGGAUGGAUGCCACAACAACUAUCUGUCAUCGGUACACUCCGCAAGAACAAUUGAAGGUGUUUGUCAAGACAGCUGACAUAAUUGUCACGGCUGCUGGCCUCCCAGGUCUCAUAACUGGUGACAUGAUCAAGCCAGGAUGUGCAAUAUUAGAUGUUGGCAUUAACAGAAUCAAAGACCCUGUAUCUGGAAAAGCCAAACUUGUAGGUGACUGUGACUUUGAAAGUUGUGCAGAGAAAGCAGCAUACAUAACGCCUGUUCCAGGAGGUGUUGGACCUAUGACUGUUGCUAUGCUAAUGCGCAAUACUGUUUUGGCUGCAGACAAACACAUAGCAUACUGAUAACAAGUAUAGGGAUUAUGAGUUAGUUGUCUUGCAGAGAUAUAUUUUUAAAUCUUUAAUAAGAACACAUACUGGGCAUGUUGUGAUUGUAAAGGUACCAUGAACUUGCUUAUUAUUGAUAAGCAAGGAUCCAAAUAACAGUAUUAAAAGAUAUGUGAUAAAUGUCUUUUUUAUGAUUGGGAAAUGUUCAUCAUUUGCACCCACUAACAGCUAAUUUUUCAUAUACAUUUUAUUACCUUAUUUUUCAUGAAUCUCAUGUUUGCCAAUUGUUUAUUCAUUUUAUUUUCUGUUUUUAUUUAUUUAUUAUUUAGUUGAUUUGAUUAAGUAAAAGGCCCAUAAUUGUGAGUGAUGUGAUACAACGUGGUGUGAGAAAUUACUUUGCUUAGGUUUAUUAGUGAUCAGUAAAGUUUUGUAAUGAAAGUAUAUUUUGCUAAUUAAAAUAACUAUUUGUUUAAAUACAGACUUUAAAAUGUGGCAGUCAAGAUAAACAAUAUCUUAAGGAGGCUUCCACUUUAAACUGAUUUUCCAAAUUUUUUGUACCUAUGAGGACAACAUGAAAUUAAAACUAUUGUAAGG